CGAGCGGCCCGCGCCGGCGCCUCCCCCAUGCUGCUAGGAGCGUCCUGGCUGUGCGCGUCCAAGGCGGCCGCCACUCCGGCGCAGAGCGAGGGCGACGACAGGCAGGGUGAGCGGCGGCAGCGGCGGCCGGCCGACCCUGGGUCUGGCGAGGAUAUGGACGAGUCGUCGCUGCUGGACUUGCUGGAAUGCUCCGUGUGCCUGGAGCGCCUGGACACCACGGCCAAGGUGCUGCCAUGCCAGCACACCUUCUGCCGCCGCUGCCUGGAGAGCAUCGUGUGCUCCCGCCACGAGCUCCGCUGUCCCGAGUGCCGCAUCCUGGUGGGCUGCGGCGUGGACGAGCUGCCCGCCAACAUUCUGCUGGUGCGCCUGCUGGACGGCAUCCGCCAGCGGCCCCGUCCGGGCGCUAGCCCCGGGAGUAGUCCGCCCGCGCGCCCCGGCCCUAGCACGUCCCCAGCGCUCGCAGGCGGCGGGGGCGGCGCGACAGGCAGCGCCCCGGGUUCUCCGGUCUUCCUCCCUGCGGCGGCGGGCAGCUCCACCUCCAGCUUGUGCGACCUGGCGACCAGCAGGAGCACACCCGUGGCCAAGAAUCUAUCCCAGCUUCCCUAUGGCAAGGCCCUCUACAGCUAUGAAGGGAAGGAACCUGGUGACCUCAAAUUCAACAAAGGGGACAUCAUCAUCCUGAGACGCAAGGUAGAUGAUAAUUGGUACCAUGGGGAGCUGCAGGGCACGCAUGGCUUCCUCCCAGCCAGCUACAUCCAGUGUGUCAGGCCCUUGCCACAGGCCCCACCCCAAGGCAAAGCACUUUAUGAUUUUGAGAUGAAGGACAGAGACCAAGACAAGGAUUGUCUGACCUUCACUAAGGAUGAAGUUUUAACUGUGAUCCGAAGAGUGGAUGAUAAUUGGGCAGAAGGCAUGCUGGGAGACAAGAUCGGCAUUUUCCCCCUCUUGUAUGUGGAGCUCAACGACUCUGCCAAGCAGCUCAUUGAGAUGGACAAGCCAUGCUCUGCUGCUGCCACUGCAUACAGCUGUGAUGCCCUCUUGUCCUCUGACUCCAGCACGGUGGCUAGUGUGGCCUCCGGUCCCACCCUAAGUAGCUCAGGGGCAGUCAGUGCCUUUCAACGGCGUGUGGACAGCAAGAAGAAUGCCAAGAAGCGCCACUCCUUCACUGCACUCAGCGUGACACACAAAUCCUCACAGGCUGCCAGCCAUAGGCACUCCAUGGAAAUUAGUGCUCCGGUGUUGAUCAGCUCCAGUGACCCACGUGCUGCAGCCAGGAUUGGGGAGCUCGCCCAUCUGUCCUGCACCACACCCACCCAGGACUCUUCUUCAGCUGGACCUAUUCCCACAGCCAUCCCACGAGCUGCUGCAGUAGCUGGAGAACAGAGCCCGUCUCCCAAAGUCCAGCUGCCCCUCAAUGUGUACUUGGCCCUCUAUGCAUACAAGCCCCAGAAGAAUGACGAACUAGAAUUGCGCAAGGGUGAGAUGUACCGUGUGCUCGAGAAGUGCCAGGAUGGCUGGUUCAAGGGGGCCUCACUGAGGACCGGGGUCUCCGGAGUGUUCCCCGGAAACUAUGUGACACCUGUCUCCAGGGUUCCUGGAGGAGGGGCUGGGUCACCGUGGAAUAAUGUGCUUGGAGGGUCUCCGUUGGCCAAGGGGAUGGCAACCACCAUGCACCCUGGUGGUGGAAGUCUGAGCAGCCCAGCCACUGCCACAAGGCCUGUUCUGCCCCUCACCACACCACAGGCCCACACGCAGCUCCCAGCUGCCUCCCUACCGACAGGCAGCUGCCUUCGGCACACAGCCCAGACAACAGCCAGCCAGGCCCAUGGCACCAUCCCAACAGCUACCCACCCUUCAACCCAGGCCCAGGACCGACCAACUGCCACCGUGUCACCCCUGCGCACUCAGAACUCUCCAUCCCGCCUGCCUGUCACCAGCCUUCGACCCCGCCCUGUGGUGUCCCCACAGCACAGCCAGCAGCCCCUGCUGCAGACUUGUCCCCGGCCAGCCAUCCCCUUCACAUCAGCAGCAUCGGCCAUCACACCUCCCAAUGUCAAUGCUGCCAACCUCAAUGGUGAGGUUGGAGCAGCAACCAUUGGUGGCCUAGCCACAUCCAGCCCUACCAACACAGGGUGCAAGACAGAUGACAAGAAAAAUGAAAAGAGAGAGAAGAAGAGUGGGCUGCUGAAACUGCUUGCUGGGGCAUCUACCAAGAAGAAGCCACGCUCCCCACCAUCAGUAUCUCCAACCCAUGAUCCCCAAUCAGCCAUGGAUGCCUCACUGCAAGGCGCCAUGGGUCCUGAAGUGUCCCCAGUAUCCAUCCAUGGCAGGGCAGGUUCCUGCCCCAUAGAGAGCGAGAUGCAGGGGGCCAUGGGGCUGGAGCCACUGCACAGAAAGGCAGGAUCCUUGGAUCUGAAUUUCUCCUUAUCCCCCUCUCGGCAUGCAACUCUAUCUAUGGCCGCCAUCCAUCCUGAGCCUAAGCCGCUACCCAGAGAGAGGUACCGUGUGGUGGUCUCCUACCCUCCACAGAGCGAAGCAGAGAUUGAGCUCAAAGAAGGUGAUAUUGUCUUCGUGCACAAGAAGCGUGAGGACGGCUGGUUCAAGGGGACUCUGCAACGGAAUGGCCGUACAGGCCUCUUCCCAGGCAGCUUUGUGGAGAGCUUCUGAGGGCUACUGCUCCUGCCCAGCCCUGCCAGUAGAGGCAGCCUCACCGCCUAGGGUCCAGGGCCUUUCUAAGGCACCUGUCAAGAAAACUGGACUGGGGCAGGGUCUUGAUUGUGAAAGUUGAGCUUUCAUGUGAAGAAGCCCUAACCAAAAGCACACAUGGGUGUCCUUCAAGAUCAUGCGAUGAAUCUGAAUGAGCAUCAGGACAGAGAAGUUAACCACAUGGGCAAAGGCACCUAUAUGCCAUCCAGCAGUUGAAGUGGUACUAGCUGUCUGUGCAAGGUUGGGAGCUGGGGAGGCUACAGGGCUGGGCCAUGGGCUGGGGCUGAUAGCAAUGAAAAAUGUCUUUCCUGGCUGCUCUGGGCAUCAUCACUCUAUAUACCUCGGUCACCCACCACUGGGCCAGUAGCAAGGGCAUUUAUGGUUCAGAAGCCUCAUAUGAGGCCUGUGAAUCUCCCAUAGUGUGCCAGUGGGGUCCUGUUGGGCACUAGAGCAGAAUCCCUGAGGCUUUGUCUCCUGCCAGGAUUAUAAGGAACACCUUCUGUUUCACCACCAAUGUCUCUCUGAAUUGCUUCCUUCCUAUGGCAUCUUUUUAAUGUACAACCCUUAGACUUUAUAUAUUUCUAAUAGGUCAGACAUUGCCUAUUUUUCAUACAUCUGGUGCUGAUUUUUUGUAAAACUAGAAAUUAUUUGGGUAAGCUUCAAAGAAAAAGUGUCUGAGGUGACAUCAAAGGGAAGUUUUAUAUAUUUUCCAUAUGAAGUUUGGUGCACACUGAGGAGUUCCUGUCCUCAACAUGAGAUUGUUGGCCAGUGUUCCGUGAGGUGUGAGGGUCUGCUGAGAUGGUUGCAGGGAACUGGAGACAGCCUAAACGCCCAGCACUACCUAGAGAGGAAUGAUCAUGAUUCCCAGAACUAGAAACUUUCAGGGAUCCUGCCCUCCCAUGUGGCCGUAAAAAGAGCAUGCGGGUUGGCCCCAGCCUAGGAAAAAGAAACUUCCUUUGAUUGCAUCAGAGAGAAUGACUACAGCUAACAUCUUAAAAAAAUUUCUUCCCAUCAAAACAUAGUUUUACCACAACCCUGAUCACCACCUUGCAAAUUUGGUUUCUGUUCUAGAGACCAAAGGUACAGUGAGAACAAGAAUCUGAGGCAUGGCUACAGCUUGUAGGGCCUGAGCUGCUGCAAAGGGAGAGGGGAAGGGCUCGUUUGAUCCCAAGGCCUUCCCAUAAAUCCAUUGGCACAAAGCUUGCUUCCUAAGAAGCUGGCCCUGAAGGGCUCUGUCAGCAAGUGUGAGAUUCACACUUCAGGAACACAUUUUUGUCAUUUGUGGGGCUGGAGACAAAUGGCUUAGCGGUUAAGAACACUGGCUGUUCUUGCAGAAGACCUGGGUUUUAAUCCCAGCACCCAAAUGACAGCUAACAACUGUCCCAUAACUCCAGUUCCAGGGG